UCAUACUCGUCAAGUACAUAUUUUGCAUUACAAUGUUUUCAAAAAAUAUUAUGCUACUUUUGUGGGUCGUGUGUUUUACAGUGAAAAAUAGUGACGCAGGAAAGAUAAACGAUAGAGCAGAAAAAGCUCUUACGGUGUUAGCGGAUGAAGAUUCUACGAGAACGGUGAAAAAAAAUCUGGAUGACAUCACAGACAAGCAAUGGGACAAUUUAUUAAACCAUUAUGGUACCGAGCAGAAUGGUUCAAUCUCCCCAAAGGGAUUACAAAAACUAGUAUUCGAUGAGUUCAGGGGAUUCCUCACAGCUCGCCAUGCAGAGAUAUAUGCAAAAUUACUUAAUGCAAAGGAUAACUAUAAAAUUGAAUUGGAACAAUUGAAAAAAAUGAAACCGAUAAUAUAUUUCUUGACAUUGAAAGAAAGUUUAGUGGAGAAUGAAAACGUUAACAAAAAUGAAACUUUUUCGAGAGAGUCUUCCGUGAAUAUAAUAAAGAAAAAUGCAGAUGCUAAAAUACUGUUCUCAGACGAGAAUGAAAUUUCAGAAAUACUAGAUCUUAUUGGUCAAAAUGAAAAUUCUAGAAUAGAAUGGACGAAGCUCGAAGAAAUAUUAAAAAUGGUGGCAGAUUCGCUAUCGAUGGCAUAUAUAUACAAGGGAUUUAGUAUAACCGACAAAGACGAAGAUGGUGUUAGAGACGUUAAUGACCGGGUUAAUGUAUGGAUGGGCACUGAUUCAGAAAAAAAUGAUACCUCUGAGGAAUCAGCUGUUAAAAUAUCAGUCACUAAAAUGAUCAUGGAGGGAGAUUUAAACCACGACGGUUUGAUUGAUUUUUAUGAAUAUAUGGUAAAAUUCAGUAAUGAUUUUAAGCAGCUCAGAGCAUUCAAUGAUGUCACCUCAUAACUAAACUCUAUUCUCGAUUCAAGAGAAUAUUUAUUCAUUGAAA